GUCUACAGAGAGAAGAGCCAGCCUGCCAGCUCUUAGCACUGCUGGACGGCGACCUAAAGGCACUGGCAAGUGCUUGUCUGAAGCAAAUCCCUCUGUGAGCCACUACUACCCCUUUUUGGCACUGAAAUGCCAGGUUGGCACUUGAGGCUAAGGAGGCCUUUCCAGAAAAACAAGGCAUGUAAAAGAUUAGUCUUGAACUACUAUAGGGGUUCAAAGGAAAGUAUUAAAAAUAAGAAGAACAGGAGUGCUGGAAACACUGCCUCAGGGAGUAUGUGCAGCAGGCAUAGGAGCAAAAUUGUACAGAUGGCAGGUUUUUGUUGCAGGCAACCCAAGAAUGACAUCAGUGCACUGAAGCAGUGGUUUGUUUCUGCAUGUCUGAAAACUUCGGUACCAAAUUCAGUUCCUGAUCCUUAAUGCCUCUUUCUUGCUUAAAAACCCUUUGGUAAUGUCGUUUCCCCCAUACCACACUGUAGGAUCAGUGCUGUGGCCACUCACUCCUCCCUAAACAGGAGCUUGUAAAGAUGAAUUUCCUGCAGGCCUGGUUCAUGUGGUGGUGUUCCAUGUGAUGUUCUGCACAGAGUGUUUGUAGUUCUGGGUUUGCUGACUGUAAGCUGGGACUCUUGUUCAGAGCACUCACGUCAGUAACCAAUAGCAACCAAGCCAUUGGUAUCCUUUGACAUUACACCGUAGUUACCAGAUGCUAUACUUAGUACACUAAAAAAAGGCACUUGCAAAUCUGUCAAAAAUCAUAACAACUCUAUCCCUUAUUUUCCCAGGACGUAGUUAAAGUAGGAUCUUUAAAUCUGACUGGAUUCCACAGACUGAACUCGAGCCGACCAGUACUUAAAAACCACGUGCAGUACUCAGUGCACCACUGCCACCAUGAAAUGCUCCAUGUCAGAGUGCGUGGAUCCUCCAUAAAUCCAUCCUGCUGAGGUUUGGUGUGGACAGAGCUUUAGGAGUGCUGCAAAAGGCCGAUUUGCAGCAGCCGGUCCUUUGCGGCGGCGCUGUGCCGGGCCGGGCAGAGCGGCGGCGGCCGUGCAGCAUGCUGGAUCCGGAGGGCAGUGUGGAGCAUCAGCCUUCCCCUUCCUUCCCCAAACUCCUGCUCAUCCCUCUAGCCAUGCUCCUCGCAAUUGCAGCGCUCCUGCUCUUAGCCUUUUCCGCCACGCGGCAGAAAGAGCCUGAUUUUUACACUUUCAAAGUUGUAAACAUCAGGGGCAAGUUAGUCUCCCUGGAGAAGUACAGGGGCUCGGUGUCACUGGUUGUCAACGUUGCAAGUGAGUGUGGGUACACAGACAGCCACUACAAGGCCUUACAGCAGCUGCAGAGGGACCUGGGCCCCUACCAUUUCAAUGUGCUGGCCUUCCCCUGCAACCAGUUUGGGCAGCAAGAACCAGACACCAACAGAGAAAUCGAGAGCUUUGCGCGAAAGACUUACGGUGCCUCCUUUCCCAUGUUCAGCAAAACCACAGUCAGCGGGGCUGGAGCAAUUCCUCCCUUCAAGUACUUAAUUGGUUCUACAGGAGAAGAACCAACCUGGAACUUUUGGAAAUACCUGGUGGACCCCAAUGGGAAAGUAGUAAAGGCCUGGGACUCUACUGUCUCUGUGGAAGAAAUAAGACCUCAUGUUACAGAACUUGUAAGAAAAAUCAUCCUGAAGAAGAAAGAUGAAUUAUGACUUUCAAAAAUACCAGCAUGCCAAUUACAUCUCUGUUGAGAAUUAGGACAGGUCUUUGUCUUUUCACAUUCCAAAAGAGAGAAUAUGGGGAAGGGAAAUUAGGACCAGUUGAAUCUAUAGUCACCAUUCUAAGAAUGUAGAAAACAGCAAGUUAGCAUGGUCUAAGUAAUUUAAAUUUUUUUCUCCAACUGAAUUCAGUUUGACCUUUCUGGGAAAAAAGAAAUUCUCAGUAAUUGUUUCUUCCCCAGUUCAAGUUAUUCAUUGUGGGUAACACUAUAGGAAGUCAGUUAAUGUACUUGUAGGAAGAAGACUCAGAAUAAUGAGAAUUUCCUAACUGGGUUCUCACUGAUAUCUACAUUUUUGUUGUUAUGUUUUGACACAAACUGAAUAAAAUAAAGAGUAAAAAGUGCAUGAUUGACUCAAGGCAU